CUCUUUCUGACUCCUCUCCGUCUCCCAUCUUCCAAAAACAUCACAGGGAAGAGUUCUUUACAGCGAUCGAGCAAGCCAGAAAGAGAAUGUCCAAGUCUUGCAAGGGUUUGGCCAUGGAAUUGGUCAAGUGUCUUAGUGAAUCCGACUGCGUUAAGGUUGAGAAGAGACCAUACAGGGAAUGUGCAAAAGAAAAGAGUCCCUGCAUAUCUAGUGAAUGUGUUGGACUUAGAGAAACAUACUUUAAUUGCAAGAGAGGACAGGUCGAUAUGAGAGCUCGGAUUCGAGGAAACAAGGGCUACUAGAACGGGAGAAAAAGCUUGACACACAAACUGGAGGAAUGUAUAAAGGAGUAGGAUACCUAUCGAGAAGAAGAGAGAUCAUUGAUAGUUAAGUUUGUUGACUGCUAGAUUUGGGAAUAACCAACCGGCAUUUGACUAAUAGAAAAUCCUGAUUCCUGGUUUUUGUUUAUUAUUAUUUUUUGUGCGAUAUGAGAAUUGGGUGAUUUUUUUUGUUUUCAAAAUUUAAAAUACCGCAUUGGGUUAAUCUUUUUCUAUUGAAUAUUGUGUAAAUUUCAAUGAAGCAGAAACAUGAGCAUUUUUUUACUCAUUAGAUUAGAUAGA